GAUGUCAAAUCGAAUAGACCUCGUAUGCUCAUCCUGCCAUGUUCCCAUUCCGUCCACUGACCCAGCUGCGUAGGAGUCAUUCUCGGACUCGUAUCCCAUGCCGUUCCGCAGCAAGCCCACGAGGACAUCACGACUCCACUACCUUAUACCGGCGUCGAACCCCACACUCCCGUUCUGCGCCUCGGUCGUCUCGGCCCUCGUCACCCGUUAUUCCAUCCCGACCAUGAUCGGCUACAAAGGUACUGGCGAAUUCGACGCGCAGCAGGCCCACAUCGCCAAGUUGCGUGUGCUUCAGCGAUAUUUGCACGGACCGGCCGGUGAGCACGCAGACGACUUGGUCCUGGUCAUGGAUGGCUAUGACGUAUUGGCCCAGCUGCCUGCGGAUGUCAUGAUUGAGCGGUACUUUGAUCUCAUGGCCCGGGCCGACGAGCGUCUUGCAGAUCGCUAUGGUAUCACUGUCGAGGAAGCUCACAAGCGUGAUCUCCGUCAAACGAUCCUCUGGGGCGCCGACAAGGGCUGUUUCCCUCCGCUGCCAGACGCAGCACACUGUUGGGCCGUCCCUCAUUCUCACCUCGCCUCGAAUGCCUGGGGAUCCAAGUCGGGCACCGGAACCAGUGUUCACUUCACCGAUCCCAUCUACCUGAACUCUGGAACCGUCAUUGGACCGCUCGGCGACCUGCGAGACCUCAUCGACGCGGUCUUGGUCGACAUCGAAGAGCUGUGGAAGCCCGACUUCAAAUACCGUAACUCGGAUCAAUACUGGGUCGGCGAGAUCUACGCCCGCCAGGAAGUCGAGCGGACCAAGAACAUUACCGGCGGCGACGUCCCCGGCUUGUACGGAAACAGGAUGCUCCCCGCAACGACAAAUGGAUCGUUGGCCCGGACCGAGUAUCACGUUACCGUUGAUGCUGAAUCUGCCUUUGCCCAGACGCAGUGUUGGAACGACCAGUGGAUGCGCAAGCUCAAAUAUGACAACCCCGACAACACCGUCACCGUCAAGGAAGAUGUUUUCAACGCCAACGCUGGCUUUCUUGAAUACCGAGUACAGCUGUCGACGACCAUCUUCAACUCCUUCAAGAGAAUUUACGAAUCGCUCGUUGACGGUCGACCCGCCGAAACAGCUGAACAAUGGACUCGCACACUGGCACUUGGCACCAACCUCGGCACCAGGGAAAUCUUCGCCUUCUAUCACAACACAUGCUCCAAGCAGCACUUUGUCGACAAGUUCAAGACGUAUUGGUUCUGGCCCAUGGCCAAGCCCCUGCUCAGGGCCGCCAUGAGAGCGACCAUGGCGGACGAACCGAUCUCACCUGCGCCUAUCAAUGGGCGUAUGUGGUAUGCCCAAAACACCUUCCCCGAGGACCCCGCCUUCCAAGAAGAAUUUGGAGGAGUGUUUACGGAUUAUCAAGAUGAAAUUGAGAGGUUCGUUCCAUUCAGCAAGCUUUGCGGGGAACACUUUCAGACCUUGUUCGAGCCCACGCCGCCGAAUCUAGAAGAAGAGGAGAGGAAGAAGGAAGAAGAAAGAAAGAAGGAGGAGGAGAGAAAGAAGGAGGAGGAGCGCAAGAAGGAAGAGGAGCGCAAGAAGCAAGAAGAAGAGAAGAAGAAGCAAGAGGAACAAAAUCUGCAGGCCGGAGAGACACCAAAGGAAGAAGAUAAGCCAACCGAGGAAGAGAAGCCAAAGGAAGAGGAGAAGCCAGCGGAGGAGAAGCCAGCAGAGGAGAAAGCAAAGGAAGAAGAGCCGCCAAAGGAGCAAGAACCGCCCAAGGCAAAGGAAGACUCAGGCAGGUAAAUUACUCGUUUAUACACCACUUUUUUAUGUUCGAUUACUGGGUAAUGGUCACGGUCGGGCAAUGAGCGAACCGCCAUCGGCGCGGUCUGGAUAUAGAACUUGGAGGCUUUCCAACAAUGUACACUAUUUGAUGAAGCAGAAAUGCCACAUUUUCUCAUGCCAA